GCCUCAUCUGUUUUUGUACACAGAAGGCCAGGCAGUACCUUGAGCAGGCUGGAGGGGCUUUAGCAUCUGACCGCGAAUUCUAAAGUUGUGUCUGCCGUGUUGAAGGAUUUUGCUUCCUCAAAGAGUGCACAGAAUGACUGCACAGCGACGAGUGUUGGUGCUGGGGGCCGGUAGGGUGUCUGGGCCGGUGUACGAGGACCUGGCCGAGGAGAAGGACGUGCACGUCACUGCAGUGUCCGUCCUGAAGAGCGAGCUAGAACGAGCUGUUCAGUUCUGCCCGGGGGUGAGGCUGGAAUGUGUGGACAUUGCCCAAGACGCUGAAGGAAGAGAUAGACUGAUUGCCGAACACGACGUCGUUGUGAGUCUAGUGCCGUACUCCCUGCUUCCUGACGUCGCCCGAGCUUGUCUCUCUCUGAGGAAACAUCUGGUUACGACCAGCUACGUGGACGAUGAAGUGAAGAACCUCCACCAAAAAGCAUCUGAAGCGGGCUUGACCUUCCUGUGUGAAAUGGGUCUUGACCCUGGUAUUGACCAUAUGCUGGCCAUGCGGACGUUCGAUGACAUCAAACAAAGAGGGGGGCGCGUGACGUCCUACGAACUAUGGUGUGGCGGACUCCCGGCCCCAGAAUGUGCAGACAAUCCUCUCAAGUACAAGUUCAGCUGGUACCCACGUGGUUCACUGUAUGCGUGCUGCCGGGGAGGAGGAUACUUGAAAGACAGACAGGUUGCAGACAUCCCCGAAGGGCCUUCCCUUGUAGAGUCUGUGCAAGAUCUGGACUUCACCCCGGAGUUCAAGGUGGAGGGGUUCCCCAACAUGUACAACCCCGCCUACCUGACGCUGUACGGAAUACAGACUGUCGACAACUUCCUUAGAGGCACGCUGAGAUACAAGGGUUUCAGCGCCCGUGUGCUUGGCUUGAUGAAGCUAGGUCUGUUUUCCGUGUCCCCUUUUGGUUUGCUGCAGGCGGGAUCCCGGGGAGUAACCUGGAGGAAGUUUAUUUGCAACGAGUUGGGACUGAGCGAUGACGUCACGACAGAACAUCUGGAGUCAAAGGUCAAGGAUAAAGCUGUAGGUCAAGAAGAACUGGAGGUCAUAAAAAGGUUGGGUUUACUAGAGUCUGAAGAGAUCGAGGCAAAAGGCACACCGCUUGAUACGCUAGCUAACUACUUGGAGAAGAGACCGGAGUUCAUGUUUGGUCCGGAUGAACGCGACCUUGUUCUGAUGCACAUCGAGGUGUCAGGAAGUUUCCCCGACGGUUCCCGCGAGGACCGGAAGUUGGACAUGGCGGUGUUCGGAGAUGUGGGGAGACAUUCCGCCAUGGCUAAAACAGUAGGUCACGUGGUCGCAAGUGGAGCCAUGUUGCUGUUGAACGGGGAGAUAACCGAGCGAGGAAUCGUGCUUCCGGUCUCUCGCAGCAUCUAUAAACCUCUACUGUCGGACCUGGAGAAGAAGGGAGUCAGUUUCACAGACAGGAAGGCCUAAUGCAUAUGUACAGUCGCAUCAUAGUUAUUUCUAUAGGAGGACAGGUUGAAGAUAUAACAAUAGAAAACUGAUUCUGUCAAAAGACAUUGAGACAUAUUUUAUUGAUAUUAAAAGGACAAUAUUCAGGUUCACGACGCGCUUUCAAUAAACAUAUUUUCAGACAGCAGACAAUAUUGAAAAGUACAGUAUACACCUUUUGCUUGAUAGUGGCUAAAAAUGAAACAAACAGGAAAUUGUUAAUCGAUGGUGAUGUAUUUGAUACGGGUGUCAUGGUCGUGAUUUGGUCCUUAAAGGGGAUCUGAUUCUCUGACAAUUCACCGGGACUGCUUGUUACCUUUGUUAUUGUUUUCCCGUAGAUACCCGGAUGAUAUCUCGUAAAUCUCGACUAGUUCUCGACCUAUUCUGCGCCAACUCUAAGCGCAUUUGUCGCUUUUAUUGACAGUAUAAGGUCGUAUCGUCACAUUGAUCAACAAAAUGAAAUACAGUUUCGUCUUGGAAAUAAUUAAGAAAUGUAGGCAUCCUGAUUGUGCAAAGAAACAUUAGUCUUCAGAGUGUAUUCUUAUUAUGGUGAACAUGUCUUUAAAAACGAGAGCGAACUUUUACUAAUUGAGAACGUGUGACCCCAAAUAUUUGUUGCGUUUAAAUACGGCCAACCUGUUUUAGGUUUGCGAGUUUGUUCAGAUUUUACGACGCUUCAAUCCUUGUCAUGCCGAAAGACAGGCGCAAGGUAACAUGUCGAAGAUUUAAGCAUUCCGCUGUUAAGUACAACGUAUUGUUCAUUUCUCUAUUUGCUCCCAUACCUCAAGAAUCUAGUCAAUGUCAAUGCUGCCUCUUAUUAUAUGAAUCUGCAGCCACAGAACCAAUGUUAUAAUUGCAAAGAAAACAAAUGAUAACGCAUUCGGGUUCAAUGUCGCUUCUGUGUCUUUGUAAUUAAAAAAAACGAACAUUUGUCA